AUGGCGAGGAACAUGAGCGCCAAUCAGAAGUGCUCGGGCGGUUUCAAGAAGAUGUCGAUUCUUUCUUUCAGCAACACCAUUUUUGUUGCGUUGUUUGUAUCACCAAACCAAGGCAUUACUCUAUAUGUGUCCUUGUUGCAGGAUAUUAGAAGGGAGCUAGGCAUAUCAAUAAUUUGUGAAGAAAAAGUGCAAUUGCAAAAGACAGAUGCUAAAACAUGUGAAAAAUGUGGCCACAAUGAGCAUACAUAUUAUUCCAGACAGAUGCGAUCAGCAGAUGAAGGAGCAACUACUUUCUACGCGUGCACCAAUUGCCAGCACCAGUUUACUGAGAAUUGAUAUGUCAGAGGUUAUAUAACAGACUACGGGGAUCAAAAUGUAUGUGUUAUGUCACUAACAGAAAGCGUGUUCGUAAUUGAG